UUUUUUUUGGACUUCUUUUUUUUUUUUUUUUGGAGAGGGUUUUUUCCCAACUUUCCAGAAGUUUCUCCCCGGCCCCUUAUAUACCCCCUCCGCGGGACGGCGAGGUGCACAGGGCGACCGAGCAAAGCAGAGCCCCGGCCCCGCCGAAGCAGGUCCUCAGAGGUGGCUGGUGCUGCCGAAACCAUGUGGAUUAGUCUGGUGCUUGCCUUCUGCGGCCUCGCUGCAGCCGUACCCUCGGAGGACAGGAAGCUGAGCGACAAGGCAACGACGUUGGCUGACCGCAGCACGACGCUGGCCUUCAACCUCUACCAUGCCAUGGCGAAAGACAAGAACAUGGAGAACAUCCUGCUGUCCCCCGUGGUCGUGGCCUCUUCCCUCGGCCUCGUGUCGCUCGGGGGCAAGGCCACAACUGCCUCCCAAGCCAAGGCAGUGCUCAGCGCGGACAAACUGAAUGAUGACUACGUGCACAGCGGGUUGUCCGAGCUCCUGAACGAGGUCAGCAACAGCACAGCCCGCAACGUCACCUGGAAGAUCGGCAACCGCUUGUAUGGCCCUGCCUCCAUCAACUUUGCCGAUGACUUUGUGAAGAACAGCAAGAAACACUACAACUACGAGCACUCCAAGAUCAACUUCCGAGACAAGAGGAGUGCCCUGAAAUCCAUUAAUGAGUGGGCGGCCCAGACCACGGAUGGGAAACUCCCAGAGGUCACAAAAGACGUUGAGAAAACUGAUGGGGCCCUCAUCGUCAAUGCCAUGUUCUUCAAGCCUCACUGGGAUGAGAAGUUCCAUCAUAAGAUGGUGGACAACCGUGGCUUCAUGGUGACCCGUUCCUACACUGUGGGAGUUCCUAUGAUGCAUCGCACGGGUCUCUACAAUUACUAUGAUGAUGAGACAGAGAAGCUCCAGGUGGUAGAGAUGCCACUUGCUCACAAGCUCUCCAGCAUGAUCUUUAUCAUGCCAAACCACGUGGAGCCUCUGGAGAGGGUUGAGAAACUGCUGAACAGGGAGCAGCUAAAGACCUGGGCUGGCAAGAUGAAGAAGAGAUCAGUGGCCAUCUCGCUGCCUAAAGUCGUCCUGGAAGUCAGCCACGACCUUCAGAAACACUUGGCUGAUCUGGGCCUGACAGAAGCCAUCGACAAAACCAAGGCUGACCUGUCAAAGAUCUCUGGCAAGAAAGACCUUUACCUGUCCAAUGUCUUCCACGCUGCUGCUCUUGAAUGGGACACAGAAGGGAACCCUUAUGAUGCUGACAUCUACGGCCGAGAGGAGAUGAGGAACCCCAAGCUCUUCUACGCUGACCACCCCUUCAUCUUCAUGAUCAAGGACAGUAAAACCAACUCCAUUCUCUUCAUCGGCAGGCUCGUGAGGCCCAAAGGGGACAAGAUGCGUGAUGAGUUGUAGUUAGUUUUGGUUUCGUUUGUUGGUUUUGUUUUUUUUUUUUUUUUUCCCAGAGCUUUGGUUUGUGUGUUUUUUAGUGGGGGACUUCAAAAAAGGGGAAACACUAUUUUGUAUCCUUCUCGAACUAUGGGUGCUAUUCAGACCAAGGUGCAUUUUUGAUGAGAAACCAGCAUACACUUUACCUCACCCCAAAAUACUUAUUGCACAAACCCACCUCCAGAGAGGAACAAGGGCAGCCUGGCGCGAGAGGGUCACCAGGAGUGGAAGGGAACUGGCAUGCACUGUCUCAGCCGCUGGCAUCCUCAGCCAAGAUGUUCAGGCUGAUGCCUAGCUCUAGAGUUUAGCCUCCUGCUCGGUACCUUGCUGCUGCCCAUCAGCCCUGCGAAGGCACAAGCCCUCCACCUUUCCAUCUCCAAUGCUUCUGCACGUUGAGCUCUGCCGCUUUUCUCCCCCUUGGCUGUGCUGUGCCGCACCACACCAGAGCUGCUGUGGUCGCUUGGCAGUUGUUCCUUCCUUCUCUCUUCUAUCAUUGGAGCACUAAGGGCCAAUUCUGCGAUGCAGUCCUCUCUAUAGCCCUGGGAGCAGAGCAGGACUGUGACAGCACACAAGGAUGGAGAUCGUAUGGAGUUGUGCCCUUCUGUCCUGCCUAACGCUGCUUUGGAUGACUGUUAGGUGCUUCAGCUGCAGCAGGUCAUCAGUUCCUGAGCUAGAACCCUCGCUGCAAAGCCAAGCGCAGCUUUCUUCAACGCUUCACAGAGAAGUGACUUAGGGGUGUCAGCAGAGAGGCCAAAGAGCAGAUGGGCUUCUAGAAAGAUAAUCCUGAGGGCCCUUCAGCACUUGCAUGACAGAAAUGGCUGGGCUCCACCCCUCUGGGCAUCAGCAAGGGGGCUCCUGGGACAACAUCUGGAAUUAAACAUCCCAUACCAGGCAAACGGAGGAAGUCCACUUCUCUUGGUGCUUCUGCAUCAGCACAUAGGGCUGGCAAAGAGACAGUUACCUCCCUGAAGGUUCUCCCAGUUAUGACGAGGGCUGGUAGGUAACAGCUCCCAGGGCAGGCUAAGGGACUUCUGCUAGCUUCUCACGGGGAGGUGGAUCAGGCUCGCUUCCGCUUUCUUCUUUAAAUACAAAGCUUUAGAGCUGCCGUUACCUGACUUCCUAACGACUCUCUCUCUGAAGCUCCUCUCCGUGAUACUUCAGCUCCCUGUUGGCUGACCUGGGUAAGGGCACGCUAAAAAACAAACGUAUUUAUACUUCUACUCGUAUUUAUAUCCGAUAAUUAGCAAGAUUCACAGCCCGCUCCAGCCUAGACUUGGAGGCUAUUCCUGUCUUCUUCUCUUUAAGGGAUAUCAUCAGGUUAAAAUACUAUUUAAAACUGGUAGGAUCCCAUGAGCAUUGAAGCGUGUGUCAGGUAAGCCUUGCUACGCACUGAGAGACAUCAUACAGCAAGUAACGAUAAGAUGAUUGAAAUGAGAGAAAUCUGUGCAUCGCAAUCUAAGCGCCAGUUACUUGGAACCAGCAAGGACAGCGAUUGCGUUGCUUUUCUUCGUUUUCCCUGCCAACGUGCUUGCUGUCGGGUUGCUACGUAGAAGCCCAAUACUGCAUUUUCUCAGACCGUACACAGGACUAUUUCCAUUUAUUUAUUACUAAAGUCUCCUUAUUAGGCGUUUCCUAGAAGCAAACACAGCAGCUUGCUCCCCCGAGUUUGACCCAGCCAUGCCUUCUCCAGGUUUGCAAGGUUACACAAGUGCAGAAAAGCUCGUCUGCCCUAAUUCCUAUCCAAGCCAGCCGGAACGGGGGAUUCUUCUCCUUAAGCCUCUUCCCAGAUCAUGUUCCCAGGUGCUUUUCCCCACUGCGUCGGGAGGUAGGAGGCCAUCCAGAAGGAUGUACCCAAAUGCACAGGAAGCCUAAAGCCCAGUGUGUAUGCGAGACAGGACCCGGUGAAUCGGCGCACUGAAACCCACACGCUGUAGCACGUUAUGGAGGAUGGU